UUGUAUUAUUGAAUUUUUUUUUCUAUGGUUACAAAGGUUUUUGGGCGGUUAAAGAAUGUAGAUGUAGUAAAUGAGGUUGGUGGAAGUUGGAGCAAUGAAGAAGAAGAAAAUGAAAUAUUUAACAAUGGUGGAAGUGCUAGUGGGGUCCAUAAUGAAGUUGGAAUUGAAGACUUCAAUAUUAUCAUUGUGGACAGUGGUAUGGUAGAAGAUGUCCUUGAAUUGUUUAACAAUGAAGAUAAGGAGACCAUUGAAGCUAGGAAAAUUUUGAGAAACUUCAUAGUUUCUCAAGGAAAACUGAGAAUUGAGAAUGAGCAAUCAGAAGAUAUUGUGGAAGUGGUAUCUUCUAAUAUUGCUAUUGGUGUAGGAAUUGAACCCAAGCGUGUUGGGUUCUACCAAACCCAGGCAUGCUGGGUUCCACCAAACUCAGGCAUGCUGGGUUUGGUGCGAACCCAGACGCGAACCCAACACGCUUGGCGCUGGGUUCGCAAGGAACCGAACCCAAAUGUGCUGGGUUCCACCAAACCCAGGCAUGCUGGGUUCGGUGCAAACACAGACGCGAACCCAGCACACUUGGGUUCCUUGGAACCUAGCGCCUGGGUGGGACAUAAUGAUACAGUAGCAGAAAUUGAUGAUGGAGCAAUCCAAUCUGAUGAUGAUGUAAGCUAUAUUACAACAAGUGAUGAUGAUGAUGGUGAGGUUGAACAUGGUAGAAGAAGAAAGGCUAUACAUUCAGUGUUUAAGGAAAAUGAAGAUUGGCCUAUGUUAGCUAAGCAUUUAGUUAAUAUUAAAGGAGCAAGCUCUUUGUAUAUGAAUUAUGAUAGCAUUUCUCAAGCCAUUUGGAAUGAGAAGAAUAUUGAGUUAACUUUCGUGCAAUGUAAUAAGACGAAGCAGCAGUUGAAAAGGACUUUUGAAGGCGCUUCCAAGGCUGAAUAUGGCAUGCUUUUCGACUUUGCUAAUGAACUGAGGCGUAUCAUUAGUGUUGAUGGUGCCUUUCUUAAAGGCGCUCACAAAGGAGAAUUGUUGACUGUAGUGGGAAGAGAUGCAAACAAUCAAAUGUUCCCAAUCACAUGGGUAGUGGUUGUGGUUGAGAAAACAGAAACAUGGAAGAAAAACAAAGGCAAAGCACUACAAAUUGCUUUUUGGAAGUGUGAGAAAUCAAACACCAUUGCUGAAUUCAACAAAGCUUUGGAAGAGUUAACCAAAUUAAAAGCUUCAGCAAGGAAUGGUUUAUUAGAUUCAGAUCCAAAAGACUGGUGCAAGGCUUUCUUCAAAACAAAUAUAAAGUGUGAUAUUGUUGACAAUAAUAUGUGUGAAGUCUUCAAUGGUUUAUUGGUGGAUGCAAGACAAAAGGCCAUAAUUUCAAUGAAUCAAGAUUUGAGGAUAUUUUGUGGAAAAAGGACUAUUGCAAGAAGAGGAUUUGUUGAGUCCAAGUUUGUUGAUGAUUUCAGUAUUGUAGCUAAUGUCCAUGGAAGCAAAAGGUGCAUAUUAAUUUGGCCCGGUGGAAAUAAAUAUGAAGUUAUGGAAGAUGAUACAAAUGGUUUUGUGGUUGACUUGGAGAACAGAAAAUGUACUUGCAGAUCUUGGGAUCUCAUAGGAAUUCCAUGCAAGCAUGCUGUUACGGCCCCUCAAAAUGUAAAUGACAAUGAAGAACAAGUUCUUGUGACUGAAGCAUCAAAUCCACCAACUACCACUGAAGAACAGCAACUUGCUCUUGUCCAGCAACUUGCUCUUGCCCAGCAACCUAGCAAAAGAGUCAAGCUCCCUAUUAGAAGGUCUUCAUCUUCAAAAGUUGCUCAAACCCCUCCUCUUGAUGGUACAUUAUUAAGUGAAGCAACUCUUGUCCCAAGUGAAGGGGAUAUUCAAACUCAUAUCCAGCAUCCCAAAAAAAAUGCCAAGACCCCAACAAAAAGGCAAAAGCAAAAGGCAGAGUUUUCUACUUCUUACGCCAACAUGCAUUUUCGUUAAAAUCAUGCACUUAAUUGCACUUGAUUUUGUAAUUGUUUUCUGCUUCUUAUGCCAACAUGCUUGCUUCUUUAUUUAUGUCCAUGUGGGAUGAAAAACCUUUUUCAAUUAUGUUCUCUUGGAUUUUUGUCUUUUCAAACUAUCCAUGAACUACUUGGAAGCUACAUAAUUUGGUUUAAGCAAUUCUCCCCACUAUAGAUGUUUCUUGUCUUUUGUAGUUUCCAUUAUAACUCUCUCCUAUUGAUCUGUUCUUAUCUCUUUAAUGUGUAAAUGGGAUGACAGAUUUAGAAAAAAGGGAAAGUAGUAGUGUUGCGUUCUUUUAGAUUAAGACUAAAUUAUGUGCUUCAUG